GGGAAUUAGGGUUAAAUAAAUGUCAAAAACUCGAUUUUUCAGAAUUCUCACAACUCUACCAAUGUCGUCAUCGUCUUCUUCGACCUCUUGGUCCUGCAACAAAUGUACUUUCCUCAAUUCUCCUUCUCAGAAACUCAAUUGCAUGAUCUGUUUGACUCCCGUAUCUCUCCCUUCUUCUUCGUCUCCUUCACUCGCUAUUUCCACGAACGAUGAAGCGAAGUGGGCUUGCAAGGCUUGUACUUUCUUGAACACGUACAAGAACUCAAUCUGCGACGUAUGUGGAACGCGAUCGCCAACGUCUUCUCUACUGGGCUUUGACGAAUUGACUGAUUCGGGUCUCGAUAGUAGUAGUAACCCUGAUUCUUCCGUCGGCUCUGUUUUCUUUCCUCUUCGGCGGUGUAGCAACAAACGUAAGGAUAUGGAUGAUGACGUCGUAGAGGUUGAUGGUGGUUCUGUUGUUCGUUCUGAAUCGCAGGGUAUUGUGAAGAAGAAGAACAAAGAAAUUGAAACGAAAGGGGAAGCUUCUGAAUCAGGAACACCUUUAUCUUGUUUAAAGAUCUUGAGCUACAAUGUUUGGUUCCGUGAAGACCUUGAGUUGAAUCUAAGGAUGAGAGCUAUCGGUCAGAUUAUUCAGCUUCAUUCUCCUCAUCUCAUAUGUUUUCAGGAAGUCACUCCUGCGAUCUAUAAUAUUUUCCGCAAGUCGAACUGGUGGAAAGCGUAUUCUUGUUCUGUCUCAGUUGAUGUGGCUGAUUCGAGAGUCUACUACUGCAUGCUGUUGAGCAAGCUAGGCGUGAAAUCAUUCAGCAACAAAAGCUUUGGGAACUCGAUGAUGGGAAGAGAACUAUCUAUUGCAGAAGUUGAAGUUCCAGGGAGAAAGCCACUUGUGUUUGCAACUAGCCAUCUCGAGAGUCCGUCUCCAGCUCCUCCAAAGUGGGACCAAAUGUUCAGUCGAGAACGCGUUGAACAAGCCAAAGAGGCAAUCGAGAUUCUUGGAGCUCAUACCAACGUGAUAUUCGGGGGAGACAUGAACUGGGACGACAAGCUAGAUGGUAAAUUUCCUUUGCUAGACAAAUGGGUCGAUGCUUGGGAGGUCUUGAAACCAGGUGAUUUGGGUUUUACAUACGACACAAAAGCAAACCCAAUGUUGUCUGCCAACCGAGCAUUGCGGAAACGGUUAGACCGGAUUUUGUGUCGUCUGGAUGAUUACAAGCUUGGCGGAAUUGAGAUGGUUGGGAAAGAGGCGAUUCCUGAAAUAUCAUAUGUGAAAGAGAAGAAAGUGAGGGGUGAUAUGAAGAUGUUAGAGCUUCCAGUGUUGCCUAGCGAUCAUUUCGGUCUUCUUUUAACCCUUUCGCCAAAAUGAGGUCAAACUACUCAGAGCUCGAAGUUUGGUUUUCUCUAGUAGAAAUUUUGUGACUAUGGUUAAAACUGUAUGAAACACCAAGAUUGGUGUGUAGGGUUUAUCCAUUUCGAACUGAUGUUAAACGGCAUCUUGGUUUNUUUUUUUUUUUUUUUUUUUUUUUUUUUUUUUUUUUUUUUUUGGGGUAUGGGAAAGUCCUUAUUUCCUGAUUGGAAGUGAAAGAUCAGAUCAGUCUUACUGAUUAACGAUGCCCCACCUUUUGUAAUGAGGAUUAAGAAACUAAUCACAAAUCAAGAUGAUCCUCACCUUUUGUAA